UUUCUCAGACACUUCCGGGUCCUGCGUCGCUCCGGAAGCCCGCGAGUUCCGGAAGCCUGGGUAAUCCAGGUUCUGCUAGGAGGCUUCCCAGAGAAUGUUUCAGAGAAAGUUACGUGGAACGGGGGCGGUUCGCAGACUCGUAAGUUCCUUUGGAAUGUGGAAGAAACCUCUGGAGAAAAGCUCUGUCCUGCUCCAUUUGCCCCAUGUAAUCCUGGCACUGCGAAUACCAGCACUGUCAUUUCUCUGCACGGAAGUGGAGGCGGGGAAAAGAUGUCUAGCACACUCUGUCCUUCCUGGCGUCUCUUUCUUCUUAACUGCCUGUCAAUAAGAGACCUUCGGAGAUGACAUGGCUUCGGGAGAAGAGAACACGAAGAGGAUAAGUAGAGUGCUAAGAAUCAGUCAGUUGGAUGCGCUUGAACUAAACAAGGCCCUAGAGCAGCUGGUUUGGUCCCAGUUUACUCAGUGCCUUCAUGGAUUUCAGCCAGGGCUGUUGGCCCGCUUUGAACCAGAGGCAAAAGCGUUCCUGUGGCUCUUCUUGUGGCGCUUCACCAUCUACUCUAAAAAUGCCACCGUGGGACAGUCCGUUUUGAAUAUGCAGUACAAAAACGACUUUUCCCCGAAGCUGAGGUACCAGCCCCCGAGCAGGAAUCAGAAGCUGUGGUACGCUGUGUGCACAGUCGGUGGCACGUGGUUGGAGGAGCGCUGCUACGACCUGUUUCGAAACCGCCAUGUGGCGUCUUUUGGGAAAGCCAGGCGGUGUGUGAACAUCGUGGUUGGACUUUUGAAAUUAGGUGGGCUGAUUAAUUUCCUGGUGUUCCUUCAGAGGGGCAAGUUUGCAACCUUGACAGAACGUCUCCUAGGCAUUCGUUCUGUAUUUUGCAAGCCCCAAAGCGUACGUGAGGUUGGCUUUGAGUAUACGAAUAGAGAACUUCUCUGGCAUGGUUUUGCGGAGUUUCUGAUUUUUCUCUUACCACUUAUUAAUAUCCAGAAGUUGAAAGCUAAGUUAUCCUCGUGGCACAUUCCUCUGACUGGCGCUCCUGACGGUGACAGUACAUUAGCCACCGGUGGCAAACAGUGUUCUCUGUGUGGGGAGUGGCCCACCAUGCCUCACACCAUAGGAUGUGAGCAUGUCUUCUGCUACUACUGUGUUAAGAGUAGUUUCUUAUUUGACAUGUACUUUACGUGUCCUAAGUGUGGCACAGAGGUACACAGUCUGCAGCCACUGAAAUCAGGCAUUGAGAUGUCAGAAGUGAAUGCUCUAUAGAAACUAAGACUGUCUUCUGAGGAAAACUGUAUUGUGUUUAAGUCCUUAAUAUUAGCCAUGCUAAGCAUACCAUUUAGGUGUUUUUAUGAGGGGAGGUGCUUCUCGGCCACCGUCUUCUGUUCCUUUCCAGGCACGACUAAAUUCUAAUCACUAGAAACCACAGGAUUCUAAAUACAUUAUGUAAACAGUAAUGUAUUACUUUCUUUAAAUCAUUGCAUUCAAUUUUUUAUGUGGAAAGGAAUGGACAGUUUUUGUCAGAAUACUAAAAAGGCUCUUUCAUUUUGCUACUCCCUGAAAAGAGGUUAGAUUCUAAAACAAUUUUGGAGACUCUGGGGUGAGUGUGUAUUUAUUUUCAGAAAUGGCGUUGUAAUGUCUUAAUCUGACAAAGAUAAAGCCUUGUGGUCUUAAACCUUGGGGUCUGAUGCCCCCGUUGUAAUUUUAAGCUUUUCUCUAAAACCUGCUUGUAAGGGCUUUGCCUGGCUGCAGUCUCAGGCAAAGUAAAGGCCACCAGAAGCUCCAGACUGAUGUUCUGCCGGCCUCUGGUCUGGCUGGAGUGAGGCUUCCUGCCUGAUAGUCGUAGCUAAGUCUAGGACUCAGGGUCAUUGGUCUGUCUGGGACUAUGCCCACAUUUGUGAGCCAGGAUAGAAGACUGCUCUGGAUCACUCCUGUGUGGGUGACAUUCUCACGUGUGCCACAUGGACCCGUAGUGGGAGAGUAGGCAGUUCACUGAGGUGCCUGUGAGGGAACUGAGGACGAUGCAUAGGUAAAGACAACAGAUCCCUAUUUGCCUUUUUUUACCUACAGUCUGCAUACAGUCUAUAAGGACAUAACCGAGUGAUUAACUUAUUAGAUUGCAGAUUUGAAAGGAUUAAAUAAAGUCAACACAUUUUGUUACCAACAAUUUUGUUACAGUGUUAUUUUGGUAAAGUGUAUUCUGAGUAGAUGCCCAUACUAUUGUAAUUUUAGCAUGAAAAUAGUAUUUUACAUGUAUGCUAACUGAUAGAGUUGUCAAUAUUAUGGGAGUUUUAUGUUUUUCUACAGACACUAAUGGCCGUACAGUUUAUUUGUUUAAUUUUUUAUUGUUCUUUAAUAUCUCCCACCUCACUGAUUAACCACACGGGGUCAGGGGGUAUGACUGCUCUGCUCAUCACUGGAUAACCAGAGCCUACCUCUCCUAGUGCCAGGGUACCAGUAGAGAGACAUUCUGCUAGUUGAAUAUCACAGACUGGGUUUUGCAGAAGCAGAUGUUGCAAGGGUUUUUAAAAAAGUACAUUGGCCUGGAUUGCGCCAAAGUAGUCAGGUCCUCUUACCUACGCCUCUGGGUCACUGGCCAUGGGCUUCUCUGCAGCUGAGGCAGCCUGCUGACCCCACCCCCUAGCUGGGCAACAGAUCUGUCCUGAGAGGAGCUGGGUGUCCAGCCUAGUGUUUACCGCAUUUAGCACUGUCUCUCCAUUGUUUUUCCUUGUAGUUUUCCAUUUUUGUUUUUCUUGCUUGGAAGCAUACAAACAUCACACUAAUGGCAGUGUUCAACUUAAAACCAUUGGGCUUAUUAUUGACUUGUGCACUCAAGUGCCGCUUCAGGGAACUCCCACUCACUGCAGAGACCUAGGCCUGCUGGCUAAGACACUCUGACAGUCCCUGACUCCGUUCAGUCCCUGCCUCCCUGUGCACUGCCACGAGACUCACUUUAACACUGGUGCUUCCUCCCUGGUGGUCUCAGGGCUCCAGGUGCAGUAUAACUGGGUCAUAUUUAGCUGCGUGAUCUAUUUCUGCUUUAGCCUCAAGAACCUAACUAUCAGCUAUGAGUCUCUUCCCUUGGGAAAACAAAAACUUUUACACUAACAUUGUUUUUCCUCUCCUAUGUAACUUGUUCUCAAAUCAGAUUUGCUCCUUGUGUAUAUAAUGUAUCCGGUUGCUUCAGUGAUCAUAUCUAAAAUAUAUACCAGUCAAAGCUAACCCAAGGCAUGUUCUGCUCCCUUGCUCCCAACACCCCCGCCUCAGAUCUCGUUCUUUAAUUCCUCUAAGAUUCACCUUGAUCGCCCUGUGAAAUGGAUAUUCAGUAAUGUCUACCUUUCAGGACUCCUUGACGGGAAAUAAAAAUAAGAUCAUUCUUUUAAAAAUUA